AUGUUUGUAAUUUUCGAUGAUUACAUUGUUCCGGAGACGGUGCGUUCACGGGAGGGUGAGAGUAGUCCGGUGGACGAGGAGGCUCCAACAACACGCCGAAGAAGUCCACGGAUCACGGAGGCAGUGGAAGAGCAGGGUGAAAGACGAAAUACGACCAGUGUCGUUGCUUCAAGGGACAACUGCAUCAACGAGCACAACAACCUCGCACCCGGCCUCAUACCAGCUUUUGAUCCCAACCCGCGAAACCGAAACGCGUCAGCGUCAUCGGAGUUUGUCCUAAGGUAUCCGCCAGAUAAAGCGCAGCUUGUGAUCACCCUGAAAGCUUACCUUCGCGAUGGAUCCUUGAUCGCCUCUAUCCGGGCCAAAGACAACAAUCGUCCAAUUUUCAAUUACUUUUUCCAACUCGCCGAAAAGGUAGUCUACUGGUCUAAGCUGACGAACUCGCCUCUUCUGGACUCUGUGAUAGAUGAGGGCGAAGAGGGCGCAGCUGAACGACUGACAGUCAGAGUGAAUUACCGUUUCCGUACUCCAGAGGAUGAUCAAGAGGAGGCGCAGGAGGAGGAGGAGGCAGGGGAAAUGAAAGCUCUUGGAACCAUCAGCGACCGUCGUAUUAACGCCGUAGACAAGACAUCCGCCAUUUCCCUGGCUGAUACUCCACGGAUGCUCACUGAUCGGGACAUCCGCCUCGCCACUUUCCAAGACGAAUGCAUUCGGCUCAACUGCCCGCAGAAGUCGCCAGGUGAACUCACCUACCUCAAUGCCGCUACUUCGACCGCCAAGGUGGAGCAGCUAUUGGAACUGAUCCGCGUCAUAUACCAGAUCUCUGGCACACACAACCGGCCCCUUUCCGAUUUCGGCGAUGCUCCGCAACCUCUCAUUCGCCAGUUGAUGGACCCCCUGGCAGUUGUCAGCUCCACGCUGCCGGACUGGUGUUUAAAUCUGCCUCGUCGGCUGUCUGUGCUCUUCCCCUAUGAAGUGCGCCUCAACCUCUUCCAUUCAUCUGCAUUUGGUGCUGCCAGAUCCGUGAUCUGGCUGCAGACUAACGUCGCCCACACCCGUGACCUGACCGCCAACACUCAGCGCUCGCACAAUCGACAUCACAGUAUCGAAAGCAGUAUGAGCAACCGCUUCCGCAACAACGAGGCGGCCCGACUUGCUGCC